AUGAUGCAGCCACAUCCAAUUCCUGGGUCUCGAUUUAGUACAGAGAUACGAGCUGGACUCACAACUUUCUUCACCAUGGCGUACAUUAUUGCUGUCAAUGCCGAUAUUAUCACAGAUAGUGGCGCAACUUGUGUAUGCAAUGGUGGGGCAGAUGAUCCUAUGUGCGACAAAAACGACGAAUAUGACCUUUGCCUACUUGGUGUCCAGCGAGAUAUUGUCACGGCGACUGCUGCUAUCAGUGCUUUUGCCUCGCUCCUUAUGGGCCUCGCAUCAAAUCUACCAGUAGGUGUAGCACCUGCUAUGUCGUUGAACGCAUACCUAGCAUAUCAAGUGGUUGGCUAUCAUGGAUCUGGUCAGAUCAGCUAUCAGAUGGCCAUGACAGCUGUCUUCGUCGAAGGUUUCAUCUUUAUCGCACUGUCUCUUCUCGGUCUCCGCCAGUGGCUUGCUCGAAUCAUCCCUGGGUCUAUCAAGGUAGCAACCGCUGCGGGGAUUGGACUGUUCUUGACCCUGAUCGGACUGUCACACUCAGCUGGCAUCGGCGCCAUCACAGGUGAUAGAACCACACCUCUCGCUCUUGGUGGGUGUCCAGAGGAGUACUUGAGUCCUGACACCGGGGCUUGCAUGAGCCACAAAGCUACCAGCUCAACUCUCUGGCUGGGUUUCAUGCUUGGUGGAGCACUUACUGCCGUUCUCAUGACCUUUAGAGUGCAUGGUGCGAUGAUUAUGGGUAUAAUAUUAGUGUCCAUCUUCUCAUGGCCUCGUGAUACUAGUUUCACGUAUUUCCCACGCACUGUUGCUGGGGAUUCGCGUUUUGAAUUCUUCAAGAAAGUAGUUGCUUUCCAUCCAAUCGAGAAAACUCUUGCCGUCCAAGACUGGAAUAUCGGUGGUGCACAUGGGUCGCACUUCUUCCUCGCCAUCAUUACCAUGCUCUACGUAGACAUCCUAGAUUGCACAGGUACACUCUACUCCAUGGCCCGAUUCAGUGGUGUGGUAGAUCCUGACACAGGCGAUUUUCCUCGAUCUACCCUGGCCUACUGCUCAGACGCGCUUAGUAUCAGUAUCGGUUCUCUGUUCGGUACAUCCCCAGUGACUGUAUUCGUCGAGUCGGGCGCUGGAAUUCAAGAAGGAGGUCGAACUGGCUUGACCGCAAUUGUCACGGGCUUGUGUUUCUUCAUGUCGAUAUUUCUGGCACCUAUCUUCGCUUCGAUCCCGCCAUGGGCUACAGGUGGCGCACUAAUACUCGUCGGGUGUAUGCUGAUGAAAGGAGUCCUCGCCAUAAACUGGAACUACUCCGGUGACGCGAUUCCUGCAUUCGUCACACUAAUCUUCAUGCCCUUCUCCUAUUCGAUCGCUUACGGCCUGAUUGCAGGCAUAAUUACCUACAUUGUAGUAAAUGGCACGAUCUGGGUUGUACGUACCUUGUCUUGCGGCAAACUUGAACCAGCAGACUACGAGGAGAAGGAAUAUUGGUCUCUCCGAAACGACAAUCGAGGUGUUCAGCCUUGGUUCAUUCGCGCUGCCAAAGGCGACUCUAAACUGUGGCGAAACAAGGAUGAUGUAAUUCAGCUGCAGACCCAGGAUCCAUACCUGAAGGGUGGUCAAGUGUGA